CUGAGAAGGUGGUUGUGGCGGCGGCGGCGGCAGCGGCGGAACAUGGCGCUUCCCAACACGCUGAACCGAUACUUGCUGCUUUUGGCGCAGGAGCACCUGGAGUUCCGGCUGCCGGAAAUAAAGUCUUUACUUUCGCUUUUGGGAGGUCGAUUCAGUAGCCAUCAGGAAAUUCAUGGAAAAUCUCCAUUUUGGAUUCUUAGCAUUCCCUCAGAAGAUAUUGCCAGAAAUUUAAUGAAACGGACAGUAUGUGCAAAAUCUAUAUUUGAACUAUGGGGUCAUGGAAAAUCUCCAGAAGAAUUAUACAAUUCUCUAAAAAGUUAUCCCGUGGAAAAGAUGGCUCCAUUUCUACAUUCAGACACAACAUAUAAAAUAAAGAUUCACACAUUUAAUAAAACAUUAACACAAGAAGAAAAAAUCAAACGAAUAGAUGCACUUGAAUUUCUGCCAUUUGAAGGAAAGGUCAAUUUAAAAGAUCCACAGCAUAUAUUUUCUAUUUUGGAAGAUUAUGGCUUGGAUCCAAAUCAUAUCCCAGAGAAACCACUUAAUAUUUAUUUUGGUAGAUGGAUUGCAGAUGGACAGAGGGAGCUUAUUGAGUCAUAUAGUGUAAAAAAGAGACAUUUUAUUGGAAACACAAGCAUGGACGCUGGCUUAUCAUUCAUCAUGGCUAAUCAUGGGAAAGUGAAAGAAAAUGAUAUUGUCUUUGAUCCAUUUGUUGGAACAGGCGGCCUCUUGAUACCCUCUGCUCAUUUUGGGGCUUAUGUAUGUGGAACAGACAUAGAUUACAAUACAGUUCAUGGAUUGGGAAAGGCUAGUAGGAAAAAUCAGAAAUGGAGAGGUCCAGAUGAAAAUAUUAAGGCAAAUCUUCGUCAGUAUGGCUUAGAGAAAUAUUACCUUGAUGUCCUCAUUGCAGAUGCAUCUAAGCCUUCCUGGAGGAAGGGAUUGUUUUUUGAUGCAAUUAUCACUGAUCCUCCCUAUGGUAUCAGAGAAUCUACUAGAAAAACGGGUUCACAGAAAGAAAUACCAAAAGGGAUAGAAAAGUGCCCAGAAAGCCACAUCCCUGUUUCCUUCAACUAUCAUCUGAGUGAUAUGUUUGUAGAUCUUCUAAAUUUUGCUGCAGAAACUCUUGUUCUUGGUGGAAGAUUAGUUUAUUGGCUGCCAGUGUAUACACCAGAAUACAUGGAAGAGAUAGUACCACGACAUCCGUGCCUGAAACUCAUUAGCAACUGUGAGCAGAGACUUUCCAGUCAUACAGCAAGACGUUUGAUAACAAUGGAAAAGGUGAAAGACUUUGAGGACCAGGAUCAAUAUUCUCACCUAUUGGAUAAUCAGUUUCCACCAUACAAAGGUCUUAAUUCAUUUCGUGAAAAGUAUUUCAGUGGGGUAACAAAAAGAAUUGCCAAGGAAGAAAAAUCCAGCCAGGAGUGAGAGAUAAGUUUACAGCAGAUGAACUAAGAAUGAAAAUUUGGGAUUUGAAGAGAAAAGACAUCUGGAUAUUCAUGGAUGAUCCAGAGAACAUGUACUGUUUUAAAGUUUUUUAAAAGAGAAAAACAAAAUAAAUACUACAAAGUAAAUUGAGCAAUUCUUUUGAAAGUGGGUUUGUUUAUAGAAGAUUUUUUUGUACUUGUCUUUUGCAAACCUUAUUUAAUUUAUAUUUGUAUUUUCAAAUAUUAAUGAAGAUUGACUUUAAAUUAUAUUUUUUUACCAUUGCAAAAAGAAAUAAUACUAUAGGUAUUUUAGUAUUUUAUAUCUGGGGUCUCCUCUAUAUUUUAGGACCUGUUGGAAAUGAUCAAGAAUUAUUUCUUUAGUAGAUUUGUCAAGCUGUUUAAUUUUUAUUUGUAAUAAAUAUACAUUACAACCAAUAAAACUAAGACAGCUUCUUUAAAAUUAUGUACUAUUCAAUGUUUUUGUAAUUUUCUUGGUGAAUUUUUCUUAUUUUCAUAUUAUUAUCACUUGGUAAUAAUAAUAAAAGCCCUAGGACCUGUUAAAACUGAAACAAAUUUCUCAAACUGUCUGAAGCCUGUUCACAUCUGAAGCUCAUCUGUACCUUGGAUUUGCUCUCACAUUCCUAAACCUUGACUUUUGGUAAAGACAACUGCCCACAAUUUUUGGUUCAGCAACUGAUAGUUAAAGCACAGUAACAACAACAACAACAAAAAAUGCCAUAAUAGUCCCUUAAUGGUAUUAAGUCUAAUCAGUGCUCUUUGAAAUCGAAGCUUUAUUUUUCUUGAAGGGGAAACUUUGCUGAAUCCACAUUGUGUCAUGAAAAUAUCUCAUUGGGAAACCACUAACCCCAUUAAUUCAGGAUGUUAAUGGCUUUCCUUGCCUUUGGUGGUCAAAUGUAACUCAGCAGGGUGGUGGUAAAGUGGAGUCUCUCAUUUCAUCCAGAGGCUGCUGAAUUUAAAAGGUUUUUUUGUUGUUGUUUGUUUGUUUAAUGUUACCUUUGGUAAUUGUGGUCACACUUUAAUGGGUGGGUGAUCUGUUACCUUCCAAAGACUUGUAUGGCUUAUGCAGAAUGCUCCCUGCUUCACUGGAAUCUUUCUUCCUCUUUUGCUAUGGUACUGAAUCUCAGCAGGAAGGUCUAAGAAAUUUCAGUGAUUGUUUUGUUUGGGUUUCUGGAUGUGAUUUGUGGUACACUAGAGGAAAAUCUGAAAGUAUCCAAUAGUGAUUUAUUUUCAGUAUUUCUGUUAUAAACUGCUGUAUUUUAUUUUUAAAAAAUUGGAAUUUGUUUAGGAGUAAAUUUGAAUUUUUGUAAAGGGCAAAUUUGGAAUGAGAAAUUUCUGCCUGGAUGAUUUUUUCCCCAUUGUAAACAAAAAUUAGGCUUAGUUUAAAAAUGUGUAGUCUUUUAAAAUGAAUCUUAAUGUGAUCACCAUUUAAAGCAAUAUCAGAAUAAAAACCAUAUAACUUAUAAA